AUGACUAUCUCCUUUCAACAAGAACCCAGUGCCCUGCCAUAUUUUGCAUCACCUCCAGAGAAGCUCAUUGCUGGAACCCUGGGCACCAUCUGGUUUGCCUUAUUGAUUGCUCUGGUGAUCUCAACCAGAAUUGUUUUUCCAUAUGCUGAACUGAAGAAGCAGAACCACUCCUUCCCGAUUAGAACCCAGAAAGUUACAUACACCUUGCUCUUCAAAGAUAUAAACCACAGUCUAUCUUCAGCACAAACUUGUACUCAUUGUCCAAAGGAGUGGAUCGUACAUUCCCACAAUUGUUAUUACAUUGGCAUGGAAAAAAAAUCUUGGAAUGACAGUUUGUUGUCCUGCAUUUCCAAAAACUGUAGUCUGCUUCACAUAGACAGCGUAGAGGAGCAGGAUUUUCUGCAAUCUCUUUCACUGGUCUCAUGGACUGGAAUCUUUCGGAAGAGCAGAGGUCAGCCCUGGGACUGGAAAAAAGACUCAAUUUUCAAAUUAAAGAUAGCAGAGAUUCUCUGUGAUGAUUGUAACUGUGCCAUGAUGUCAGCUUCUGGUCUCACAGCAGACAGCUGUGCAACUUUACAUCUGUAUCUUUGUAAGUGUAAAUUCACCAACUGA